AUGGUUGCGGGUUCCUUUGUUCUAACACCGGCUACGGCUAUCCGGUAUGAACGACACGACAGAAGAGUGCAGCAAGUCAGCCAACAGGAGGCAUUGUCUUUGGGAAUCAAAAGUACAGAUGAUAAUCCGGAGAACCUCAGAUUGAACCCUCGGAGAAGGAUCCUGGGAGACGAAAAAGAAGAAUACUAUAGGCUAAUGGCCAAGGACUUGGAUGACUGGGAGCAGAAGCGAGUGAAACGAUGGAAAGGAGAACCAGAUGGAAGAAUCGGCUAG